AUGGCGAUGGAUGGAAUCAACACAAUUCUCACUGAUUUGGGAUUAACGCAUCUUAUGGAUGGAUUUAAAGACAAUUCCGUUGGCCCUCAAGAAGUUCUAACAUUAACUGAUUCAGAAUUUAAUUUCCUUGGUGUGAGUGCUAUUGGUGAUCGUGCUAGGUUGAGUCAGAGAUGUAGAACAUAUUUGAAUGAUUGUGAAACAUUUAUUGGAAAUUUUGCUGGUGAACGUGUGCCAUCAAAACUGUUAAAUGAAGAUCUUUUUUCCCUUGAUGGAUAUUUUUCAGAAAUAAAAUCCAAUCCUGUGAGACUAUAUUUGUAUGCAAAAACUACAACAAUCAUCAAUGUAAGCAGAGGUGAUGUUUUGUCUGGAACAAAGAGAGCUUUUUCCAGGAAAACCUUCAGACCCGAAUUAGGUCUAAGGGUAAAAUUUUCAGGGGAAAAUGGCAUUGAUGAUGGGGGACCAUCCUGUAAAGGUCCAGUGCCAAGAUUCUUUUCUAGAAUCCUUUAUGAUCUGAUAGCUUUUGGCUCUUGUGAACCAAAAUUGGAUGACAUAGUAGAUUAUCAAAUCAGAGAACAAAUUAAAGAGGUAUUUCGAAUGCUAGUGUAUUAG